CCAUGGCAGAUUGGUCCCUUCUUCCCACAGACUUACUAGUACUAAUUGUUGGUUGUUUUCAGACAUCUUUCGAGAUUGUCCUCUUCCGAUCUGUCUGCAGCUCAUGGCGGUCCGUUGUUCGUUCGCCGCGUGAUUCUCGUUCUUUAAGCGUCGAAACUCAUGUCCCCAUGUUUGUCAAAACUCACAACUUCUACAGGGGAAAACUUCGGUUUGGUAGCAAUGAUGAGUAUUGUAAACUUAAAAAAAUCCCAAUAUAUCUUGUGAUAUUCAAGACUCCCUUUGGUGAUGAUUAUCUAUUGGCAAAGAUACAUGAAAGAAAAAUUGGGAAACCAAUGUCCUUGUCGUCGCCAUUAGUAAGCUAUGAUGGUUUCAAACCCAAAGAAACUCAAGUAUUGUCGUUCAACUCUCUUACCAGUCGAAUUGUCCCUUUGUGUUAUCACUACCAGAUAAACUUGGAGUUGGGGUUCUGGCUUGGUGUGCGUUUCGGAAUUGAAUGGAAAAGUUAUUUUAAAACAGUUGAAUAUCUUGAACUGAAUACUAAUGAUUGUAAAUAUUUCAGAUUGCUAGCUAAUAUAGAAGGCCAUAUGAUGAUAUUUAGCAGCCUUGAGAUGAGAUGGACAGAUAUUUCGGUCUCUCCUGAGAAAUGUCGAGAUAUGGUUUCAUUCAAAGGAAAGUUUUAUGUGGUUGAUACAAGUGGAUGGGGACAUGUAUUUGUAAUCGAACCCUCUUUGGAAGUUUCCGAGAUCCCAUCGGUCUUACGGUCGACACACAAGUCUACGAAAGAGGCUCUAGUGAAGUCGGGAGAAGAAUUGUUGCUAGUGCAACGGUUCACACCAGGUCAGUCUCAUGAAGAAGAUAUGUAUGCAUAUUUCCCAAAAGGAGAGUCUCAUCCUGAACAUAUGUAUACAUGGUUUAGAGUCUUUAGGCUGGAUGAAGAAUUUGGGAGUAGGAAGUGGGUUCAAGUUGAUGACUUGAACGACCGAGUGAUAUUUCUUGGAGCUCGGACGAGUCUCUGCUACUCGGUACAAAACCUUCCAGGUGUGGAGGAGAACUGCAUUGUGUUCAUUGAUUUGAGAAAUGGUUGCAUCCGUUAUAAUGACUCAAUCCUCGUGUUUGACUUAAGAACAAAAAGGACUAGUACUGCCUUUAGUGAAUGCAAAGGCUACAUGGGCGCAUUUGGAGCAAAUCUUCAAUCUCUGGUAUCUUGUGGACUUGUGACUAUACCAAACCCAGCAACAAACACAGAGGAUAUAUUAAAUGAUUCCAACUGGCUCAAGAAAAAGAUGUAAAAAAUUAUUAUCUUUUUAACAUCGUUGAAUAUCAGAUUAAGGUUCCGUUCAAAUAAUUUGGUUCGGAAUCAGUUGAACAAAAUUAAACUCAAGUUUAG